AUGAAAAUACUAAUACCAACUAUGUUAUCCAUCUCUUCUAUAUAUUUAUUCACAGAGAGCAGCGUAGCUAUCUAUACCGCUACAUCGCGGGGUCGCAUGCAGCUCAUUUAUGGUGGACAGCCGUUCAUUUUCGAAAAAAUCCUUAAACUUUCAUCCGGUGAGGAGAAACGCUUUUGGCGCUGUAACCAAUGGUGGAAUCAGAAAUGCCGCUCUCGUGUCUUUACAAUCAAUGAUGUCGUCUGUCCGCUCAAUCGUUUCCACACUCAUGAGGAAAUUGUGCGCCGCAAGAAGCGAGUUCGACGUGUUCCAGCUGGUGAGACUAGUGCUAAGGCAGCUGCCACCACGACGACAACGGGAACGACAAGACAACAGCUACAACAACAGCAACUACAGGACCAGCACCAGCAAAAUCUUCAAGACCAUCAACAGCAGCAGCAACAACAACAACAACAUCAUCAGCAGCAGCAGCAACAUGACAUUCAUCACCAGCAAAUGGAUACACAUACCAUAUUGACCACCACACUUGAAGAGGAAUCCCCGGCUACGAUAGAUGUUGGAGAGCUGGGGAUGCAUCUAAAAUAACAGCGUUGCUUAUACAUCAUUCUUUUACACCAAGGGUCAACGCGGUUCGGUCAAACUGAACUAUGAUGGUCAUUGCUAUGUGAAAUUCAUGGAGAAUAGUCGUGGUAAAAAAUGGAUUUGUGCCACCCGCUCAACAACCAAAUGCAGGGCUCGCAUACGAAUUACCAAUGAUAAUUGUCUGGAGAUUCUACAUGGAACACACAAUCACGAUAAGUCAAAACGAGCGCCAAAAGAUCGUAGUCGGGAUCGAAUGCGAUGUAAGGUCAAAGCAAAGAAAUAGAUCAAAUCGAAUACUAUUCUAACAACCGAGAUCUCCUAAGUAGCAAUAAUACUCUCUGAACGUUUUCAUGAAACAAAAAAAGGCCACCUCCAUAAUAAGAGAGAGGUCUAUCAUUAUAAUAUUAGUAGUUACAAACUUUUUUUUUUUUUUUGGUAAAACUUAAGCUUUACUUUGAAAAGAAAUUGAAUCAAUUUGAUAAAGAGCUAUCUGGGAUACAGGUUGGAGUAGGUUCAACAAUUCCAUUAUAAUUUAAUUUAUUUAUUAAGCUUCAUCAUUGUAGAUAGACUUUCUAUGUAUUCGUAAUAUGUAUUUCAUCAAAGCAAUCUCCACACAUCCAAUUGUGGCCUGGACAGCUGUCACAAUAGGUAGGAAGUCUGGGUUUAUUGUGUUGGCCCUUCUUCAAACAGGUUACGCAAUGGCCUCUCAAUUUCCAUUUUCUGACUGUCAUCCAAUUGUGAUGAUUAGGUGAGGUGCGAAGAAUGUUCUCCGGAUUGGAUAAAUCUAAUCUAACUCGCAUAGGCUCUGGCUUUUUCAUUGGCUUGACCCCAGGUGGAGACUUAUGGCUAUUGCACAAUUUGGCCGGCAUUAGUUUAGUCACAAAAGCUGCAAUUAAAUUAAAGUAGAGUCUAUAUAAUUUUACAAAGAUUUAAAUUACAUAUUUUAAUCGUUAUAAUAAUAAUCGUUGCUUUUAUUA